AUGACUACAACGGAUACCUGGAAAGUUGAGUGGGACAAUGAACUUCGCCAGCUCCCAAACGUUGAGUCCGUAACAUGUUUUGAUUUACAACUAACGGAAAAUGUAUUUCUGAUAUGGCAGUUUUUAAAACUUUAUCUAUCUACGAGCCCCCAAGUUAGAAGUAUCAUAGACUUCAUUGCAAUUAAAAAAGCUCAGAGCUUACAAUGGGGUGAUCACAUUGAUAGUGUAAUGUCAAGUGGGCUAAGGAAAGGACAAGAAUUAUUUCAUGUAUUUUUGUCGAAUGGAAAAAAAAUUCAAACAACUUAUUCAAAAAAAAAAUUAUGUGAUAGAUUAGAAUAUUAUCACAUUAAGAAUUAUAUCAUUUUAGAAAAAAUAAAUACAGGUUCUGUGGGUCAAGUUCAUGUGGCCUUAGACAAAUCAACUGAUACAUUCGUUGCUGCGAAGGCCAUAGAUAAAUCCACAGUACAAGGUGAUAUUGGUUUAUUUGAAAAAUUAAAAGAUGAAAUAAAAAUAUCAUGCAUGAUGAAUCACCCGAAUGUUGUUAAAACAUUGAACAUUUUAGAGACUAAGGAUAAAAUUAUCCAAAUUAUGGAAUAUUGCGAUGCGGGGGAUUUAAUAUCAUACGUUAGAAAUAAACUCUAUUUGGACGAAGUAAGUGCUCAAUAUUUUUUUCGUAAAAUCGUGGAAGGGUUGAAAUAUAUGCACAAAAAUAAUAUUGCACAUAGAGAUUUAAAGCCUGAAAAUAUAUUUUUAUGUAAAAUACAAAUAUCACAAAAAGAGAAGACAUUGAUUAGGGUUGGUAAAUUACCUUCAUGUAUAGAGUAUGAUUUAAAGAUUGGUGAUUUUGGUGCAUGCUGUAUAAAUGAGAAAAAUAAACUACAUCAUGAUAUUGUAGGCACGUUAAGUUAUGCAGCACCUGAAGUAUUAAAUUGUAAUAAUAACAAUGGAUAUAAUAGUGAAAAAGCUGAUAUAUGGAGCUUAGGUAUAAUAUUAUAUGCUAUGUUAUUUGGUUUACUUCCAUAUGAUAGUGAAGAUAAAGAUGUAAAAGAAGCAUAUAAUGAAAUUAUAAAAAAGAAAAUCGUAUUUCCUAAAAACCGUGUUAAUAAAUUUUCUACAAGUGUACGAAGUUUAUUAUUAGCUAUGUUAAAUAUUAAUCCACAAAAUAGGUUAUCGCUUGAUGAAGUUAUGAAACAUGAGUGGCUAGCUGGAACAGCUAAAAAUAGAUUAGAGAUGUCUAACAUAAAUAAAAAAAUAAAUUUUCCCAUAUCCUCAACUGUUGGAUAUCCAAUAUAUUCAAAUAAGAAUAUUAUGGAUUAUAAUAUUUAUAAAAGGUUGGCAUUAAUAAAAAAUGAUCAUAAUAGUAGUACUAACUCUUUAUAUAGUAAUGGUAACAGCACAACUAUUUCGAAUAGUAACACUACUAAUAUGAAUAAUAAUGUGAAUAAUAAUGUGAAUAGUAAUGUGAAUAAUAAUGUGAAUAAUAAUGUGAAUAAUAAUGUGAAUAACAAUAUGCAUAACAAUAUAAUGAAUAAUGUGUAUAAUAAUAUGAGUAACAAUAUAAGUGCUAUUUUAAAAGUGAAUAAUUUAAGAGACAAAAAUAAUAUAGCGGAAAAUACCUAUAAAUUGGAUAGCAUUACUAACAGUUUAUAUGGUGUCCACAAUAAUAAUGUUAAUAGUAAUAAUUUGAAGGAGGUAUUAUAUAAUCAUAUGAAAUAUUACCUUAAGGGUGAUAACAAAUAUAAUAAUACUCCAGGUGAACAUAAAAAUGAUUACAAUUUGGAAACAUUAUUAAAGAAAAAAGAAGAUCAAGUUGUGGGAGAUCUCAAGGUGAUAAAUAAAAAGGUAGGACAUUAUUUAAGUAGCAAAAAUACAAAAGAGAUCAAUAUAAAUAAUAAGAUAGCCAAUUUGGUUGUAGGGAAUAAAAAUGGUAAUAAUAAUAUUAUUGCAAAAAAAAAUAUAAUGAUUAAUAAUAAUAAUAAUGAUAAUAAUAAUAUAUCAUCAGAUAAUAUUCCAAAUAAAAUGUGCAAAGUAGAUAAUAAUAUAGUAUCCUAUAAUAAAUUUAAUGUAGAGCAUUAUGAAUAUAAUAAUAAAGGUUGUAUGCAAAGUAAAUGUAAUCAAAAUAAAAAGGAUGAAGAAGUAGUACAUAUGAAUAAACUACAUUCUAUAUGUUCUAGUAAUGAUCAUAAAUUAUAUGAAAUGUACAUGUAUCAAAAAAAUGAUAAUAAUAUGAAUGAACAUGUGAAUUUUAUUAAUAAGAGUUCAAAUAAAGAAAUAUCCCGAUUAGAAAACAAGUAUGUAGAAAAAAUAUAUUAUUUAAAAAAUAAUGAUAUGCAUAUAAAUGAUGAUUAUAUAAAAGAUAAAGCAAUUAAGAAUGUAGAAAAAUAUAAUUUUAUUAAUAAGGAUAAAAAUAGUAGUACAUAUAAAAUUAAGGAUUAUAUAAACAACAACACACUGAAUAGAACUAAAUACAACAUUAGAGCGGAUAAAUUUAAUAAUAUUAUUGCAUUAAAUAAUCACAUUAUUUCAAAUGAUACAAAUAGACAUUUAUAUAUAAAUAAUAAAUUAUCUAUUAAUAAACAGAAAUAUAAUAAUACACCAUAUUAUAAUUACUAUUAUUAUUAUUAUGAUGAUGAUGAUGAUCGAAAAAAGGAAUAUAAUAAAUAUGUAUAUAAAAAAAAUAAAAAAUGUGGGACUAAUAAUAGUGAGCUUAUUUCAUAUAAUUCAAGUGUGUAUGAAAAAGGAAGUACCCCCUCUUCUUAUAAUAUAAAUAAUGUACCCAUAAGUUAUAUAAAACAUGAUAGUAUAUAUAAUGGAAGCCUUUCUCAAUAUGUAAAUAACUCCUCAUAUGAUAAAAAAAUAUUAUCAUCAUCCUAUAUAAAGGAUAACGAAAGUCAUGUUAACAAAAUGAAUAUUGAAAAAUCUACCAUAUGGUAUUGUUCAACUAAUGAAUUACCUAAUGAUACUAUCAAAAAAGAUAGUGUACAUAAAAAAGAGUCUCUAUCACAAGAAUUUCCUGUAAAUAAUAAUGAUGAUGUUUUAGAUAUAAAAAAUGAUGAACAAAGUAAAUGUGCAUAUAAUAAUUCUGUGGUGGAUGAAAAGGAAAAUAAUAAUAUAAAUGUUGGUGAGUUCAAAAUUAUUUCUCCUAAUAAUUUAGAUAGCAAUAAUAUAUCAAGCACUAAACAUAUAACUGUGAGAGAUACAUAUAAUGAUAAUAUAAAUAAAACAAAGGAAGCCUAUAUUCUUAUCAAGAAAGAUGUAAAUAAUGCAAAAUGUGAUAAUAUUUUUGAGCUAAGUAAAAUGAAUGAACAUAGUGAAAACGGUAAUAAUAGCAAACAUACAAAUAGUGAUAUUGAAAUAAACGAUAGAGCAAAAAAUCUUAAUGAUUUUGUUAGCAUGCAUGAAAUGAAUAAUUUUAAUAAGGUUGAUGAUACUCAAUUAUAUAAAAAAAAAAUUUCAGAAUUGUCAAAUAAUAAUGAAAAGUGUUGUAACAUUAAUGAGGAUAAAAAUAAAGAGAAUAAGAAUAUACAUAUGCAUGUUAUAAAAGAAGAUCCAAAUAAUAAUAAUAAUGAUAAUAAUAAUACAAAUAUAAGUGCGGAUAAUAAUUAUUCAUACAAAUACGUUGAUGGUGAUAUUAAGAGGGAAUGUGUUUAUUCGACAGAUGAUAUAAAUUAUGUGUAUGUAAAACCUUCAGUAUGUUCAUUAAAUGCAGAUGGAAAUGAAAAUACGGAGAAAAUUAUUAAAAAUAUGAAUUUUUAUGGAAUGGAUAAAAUAUAUAGUACUAUUGUUCAAGAGAAAAAUGAAGAGACCAAGGAAGAUAUAAAUAUGGAUCACAUAAAAUAUAACAUAAAUGGUAAUAUAAAAGAAGAUAUUAUAAAUUCAAAUAAUGUUUUCAAUACACAUAAUGAGCAACCUUUUAUUGAUAACAAAAUAAUGAUGUCAAAUAUUAAUAGUAAGGACAAUACAAAAAUGUAUGGUAAUAUUUUUCAAAACAGAAAUAGUAAUAGUAUAUAUGAAAUAAAAAGAAAAGAAAAAAUAUAUAUUAUAAAUGUAGAUACACCAGAUGAAUGUAAUGAAGUAAAAUGUGAUUUUUCAUAUAACGAUCAUAAAAUUGAAGCAAAUAAAGAUGGGGAUAAUAAAGAACAUAAUAAUAAAGAUAAAGAUGGAGAAAAUGAUGAACAUAAUAAUAAAGAUAAAGAUGGAGAUAAUGAUGAACAUAAUAAUAAAGAUAAAUAUGGAGAUAAUAAUGAACAUAAUUAUAUAGAUAACAAUGAAGACAAUUAUAUAGAUAAAGAUGAAUAUGUUAAUUAUUAUCAUGAUUACAAUAAUCCUGAAAAUAUUGAUCAUAACAAAUAUGAACAAAUAUCAGGAUUAAAUAUUAAAGAGUAUGAUAUAAAUGAAAAAGGUAACUAUAACAAUAAAAAAAAAAAAAAACAAAAAAAUGAACAUAAGAAAGAAGCCAAUUUUACAAAACAUAAAAUGUUUAUAUUAGAAGAUCAAAAAAUGUUGAAUACAAGACGAGGGAAUAAUCACAUGAAGCUAAUGGAUAAGGAUUAUAUAAAUGAAUAUAUAAAAAUAGAAACGUCUAAUUAUUUUAAUAAAGAACAUAUUAAAAAAUAUAGUUCUUUGUAUGGAAAAAAUGAAAAAAAAAAUGAUAUAAUUAAUAUUAGGAAUUUUAAUGAUUGUAUUUCCGAUUAUAAAAAUAGUAUAUGUGAUGGAUUCCAAGAUAUAAAAAAUAAUUCGGUAAAAAAUAUUUUUAAUCAGGAUAAAAAAAUAUACCACGAUUUAUCUAAUAAUUGUGUAUUAUAUAAUAAUAUAUUUACUCAAACUAAUCUUGAACAUUUUUCUUCAAAUAAACUUGAAUAUAACAAAAAUUGCAAAUACCCCUAUAAUAAUUUAAUGAAAAAUUAUUCCUAUAGUGAAUAUUCGUUCGAUAUACAAAACAAAACGUCUACAUAUACAAAUAAGGUUGACAUUAAUAAAGCUGAUUUGAAAGAAGCAUACUCAGACAAAAAGAUAAAAUAUAAAAUUAGCAAUAUAACGAAAAAUGAACAGAUCAAUAUAUAUGAUGAUAUAAAAAAAUGUAGUUCUAAUAACAAUAAUACUUUUUAUAUUGAUGACGAAGCCUCUUGCUUAGACAUUACAAAUUUGAGUGAUAAAGAAAUAAAGAACAAAAAAGAAAGAGCGAAAAAAAAAAAUAUAUUAAAUAAUAAAAAAUGUAUAUUAUCAAAUGGAAGUAAUAUAUUUAUUGGUAAGGAAUAUAAAAAGAAUCAACACAUGGAUUAUAUGAACAAAAUUAAAAAGAACGAAAAUGAUGUGUUAUAUCUAAAUAAUUCCGUUUCUCUUAAAAGAUCAUUUAGUAUGUUACAUUUUAAUAGAAAUAUAAAAAAUCAUGUUAAUUAUUAUUAUGAUGAUCAUAAUAAAGAUAGGAGAGAGAAGGAUAUAUUAUUAGUAGAUCAUAUGAACAAUUAUGUGAUAGAACAUAAAAAUAAAAUAAACAUAUAUAAUAUAAACCUAAAUAAUUCUAAUUUAAAUAAUAUAAAUAAAAAUGAAAACAACAAAAUAGAUAGUAUAACUAGUAUAGCUAAAAAAUGUCAUAGUAGUGAUAUAUUUUUAAUAAGAGAUAAUAUAUUAAAUAAUUUAUCAAAUAAAGAAUUCAAAAAUAUUAUAGCAAGAAAUGUGUCAUUAAGUCAUGAAUUCCCUCUUAUACAUACAAAUGAAGAAUUGAAUAAAAAAACAAAGAAACAAAUUAUUAAUAAUAAUAUAAUAUAUGAUAAAAUUGGUAUUUCAAAUAAUAAAAAGUGUAACAUACCAACCAAAAAAUAUGUUAAUAAUAUGUAUAAUCUAAAAUAUAAGAAAUGUGAACCAAACCAACAAUUUAAUGAUAAUGUCAAAAAUUAUAAAGUCGAUAAUGUUGUAUCCGAUUUCAUAUUAACAAGUGAAGAAAGUCUAAUGACCAAGAAAAACAACAAAAAUUAUAAAAAUGAUAAAAAUGAUAAAAAUUAUUUUGAUAACUCAAAUAUAAUAUCAUAUAAUGAAAUGAAAAAAAAAGUAACUAUGGAAAACAUAAAUAUGGAUUGUGUAGUAAAGAAUAAAACAUAUGAUAAUAUGAAUAAAAGCAAUAUGAAAAAAAUUAACUUCAAUAAAUUAAAUAUAUCGCAUAAUACACAAAAUAAUAAUAAUCAUAUAUAUAAUAAAAUAAAUACAUAUGAUAAUAAUUUAAUGAAUAUAAAGGAUACAUUAGGUACAUAUUCAGUUACCGAAAAACAUUAUUGUCGACAAAAAAAUAUUAUGAAUGAAAAGGAGAUAUUUCAUUAUGAUCUUAUAUCAUCAAAUAAUUGGGAUAAUCAUCUACGUGAUUAUAUGUUAUAUUCUUUAUCAAAAAAUCAUUAUACAUUUUUAAGAAAAAACACUUUAUCAAAAGACAUUCCUAUGCAUAGUGAUAUCAAUUUAUUUAAUAAUAAAAAGGAAGAUACAACAAGUAAAAAUAAAAAUGAAAAAAAUUUUAAAAUAAAUCAUAAUGAAAAAAAUAUUUCUGAAUAUCCAAAUUUAAGUAAUAAUUCGAUUUCACAUAUUUCACACACAAAUAUUAAAUCAAAAAAAGUUAAACAAAAUAACGAUCAGGAUAAUCAUUUCCAUAAAAAAAUAAUAAAUGAGCAAUCAAAUGUAUUUCAACCAAAAUUAAAGUGGUUAAAUAUUUUCACUCGUAAUUUUAAUAAGGACCAAUUAGGUACUAAAUAUAAAUGA